AGGCCCGGGAGGCCGGGGACAGGGCCUGCUGGCGGCCCAGCCUCCCCGGGGUCAGCCGCUCUCUCUAGGCGUCCUGUGUCCCUGCCUGCAGACCGGCCGGCCACCUCCGUGCCGUGAGGGAGGGGGAGGAGAGGACGCCCUCUGAGCCGCCUCAACUCGUGGGACAGUCAUGCCACCAUGGGGACACUGUCACAACCCUCCCAACCCUGCGUGCCUCCCAAGGCCCGUCCCAAGUCCACCCGCUGGGCCUCGGUGCCUGGGUUCGCGGGGUGGGGCCCGGCUGGGGUGGCUUCUGCCGGGUCUCUCUGCUCGGUCCUCUCCCCUCUGCCAGGGGCUGGGUGGCCUCUGGUGGCCGAGGCAGGCAGGACCAGCUGCAGGGACCAGGGUGGGUGACCGGCCGGCCCAGGGGAGCAGUGACGGGCUCAGGCCCGGGAGGCAGAGGAGGGGUGGGCAGGCUCCGGGCAGGUUUUGCAGGUGGCCGGCCCAGGGCUUCCCGAGGUCAGCCGCGGGCACAGGCAGCUGGAGGACACGGGGCUGCCAACCCGCCUCUGCCCACCCCGCCAUCUUCCAGGUUGUGAAAUGGGGCCCGCGUGGCCUCAUCAGGGCCUGGAACCGGCGCCAGCGGCGGGUUCAGCUGCAGUCAGGCCGCGGCUGGGCGAGGCCCGCGGGGCCGGUUGGAGGAGGAAGGUGCUGGGCGGCCUCUGCUGGUGAGGGGCGGCACUGCACCCCUGCUCUGUCGGAACCAGGGGCGAAGGGGGGUCCUCAGGCUCUGAGAUGACGCAUCCUUUGCUGAGCCCCGCGGUCGGAAGUGCCCAGUGCUUAGGAAGACCCAGCAGACCCGCGCCCCUGCCUUUGGGAGUGAGAUGUGCUGUCCCGCCCGCCAGGCCAGGCCAGAUAAUGAACUAUUGGACACAAGCUUCAGACACUGAUCAGGUCGGGCCACACACAUAGGGAGACGGGGUUCAGAAACUGAGGGCUGUGGCCUAAGUCCGGGAGGGCCUCCAGGAGGAGGUGGUACUCAAACUCCGAGUCGCACACUGGGAGGGGACCAGGUAGGACGUGGGGGACCCCAGGGCUCAGGGAGGACUUGGGCUUUGACCCUGGGAGGGGGCAGCCCUGGGUUUCCCCUGGUGGAGUCUCUGGGGCUCCCACACCCUCAGGUCAGAGCCCGGCUCGGGGACAGGAGCAGCUCCUGCCUGAUCCCAGGUGACUGGGUGCCCCCAGGACCCCAGGGUGGUGGCCCUCACUGGUCUGGGCUCUGCGGCUCAUGGAGACCCCGCUCACCCCGCCACCCGUCUUCCCCUGCCAGGCGGGCGCGUCCCGAGAGGAACCUGUCCCCAGUUCCCUGCGUCCCUCAGGGCCACUCCGGCCUUGGAGGGGCUUGGGCACAGGAGCGCUGAGCAGGGGGACCGUGGCAGGGUCCGAAGCCCUGCCCCAGCGCGUCCAGCGGGACCGCGGAGGGACACGUGGGCCGCCCGGGGCUGGUGUAGACCAGGGGUCCGGCCGGCCUCCCCCGCGGCCCCCUCCACCUGUCCCUGUCCCCGUCCUGCACCUGACCUUGGCUGAGCCCAGCUGGACCCAGUCUCUGGCCCUGGGUUGGCCUUUGACCCCAAGAAAGCCCCGCCCAGACGGCGCCCCAAACCCAGCGGCUUCCCGGCCAGAGCCCCGGGGCCAGAGGCCAGGACCCGCCCCAGCCGAGCCCCGUCUCCUCCUCCCCAGCCCCGACCGCAGCUGGGUCCCAGCCCCCACGGCCCCCAGGGUCAGGCCAGUGGGGCAGGGUCUCCCCAGCCCUUCCCCCAGACCCCGGCCUGGGGGUCGGGGACAGGCUGCGGCUGGCUGCCUGGUGGCCUGGCCUGCAGCGCGAGGCCCCGCCGGGAGCUCCAUCUCCUGCCCAGCGGGGGCCGCAUUAGCCGCUCAGAACCCGUUUGGGGAAAUUAGACCAGAGGCCUCUGCGACAAUCAGGGUCAUUCUGCUGCGAUUCCCAGGCCCUCCCGCCGGGAUGACAGCCCAGCAGCAGGUCUGGGGGGGACCGGGAGGACUGGGGGAUCCCAGCCGGCCGAGGCGCCAGCGAAAGAGAGACGCAAGCUCAAGGGCUUCAGAGGACACACUCCUCUGCCCCCGCGCCGUCCGGGGCGCCCAGAGGGGAAGGGGUCCAAGGGACUGGGCCUGGGACACAGCCCGGCAGCAAGGGGCUCCCCACAGGUCUUCCCUGAAGCUUGUGGGUUCCCUGAAUGGCCCCCAGCUCCAGCACUUCACAAGGCCGGGCGGGGCCAGGUUGGCCUUCACUUCAGAGGUGGGUGGACAUCAGGAAUGGUUUGAUCCAGCCUGUUCCACAGAUCAGCAAGCAUCAAAUCCGUCCCACCUUCUGAGGCCCAGCCCAGACUCCCCCGAAGGCUGCAGGGUGUCCCGUCUACUCCGGGUUUUCACGCCCACGGGGCCUCCACGGACCGGCUGCUCCGGACCCUCUCCCCCCACUGCUCAGCUGUGCUGUGCCCACGGGCCGCAGAUGAGGAGCCCCUGGAAGGAGGGGUCGGGGCCGCUCUGCCCCCCGAGCCUCAGUUUCCGCACCUGGAGAAUCAGAGGAUUGGAAACGGGUCCUGAGAGUCCCUCCCGCUGUGUCACUGACCUGAGCCCCCAGGGGUGCUGCCUGGGGGUCAUCUUCUUGGUGGCACUUUAGUGUCAACAUUAGGUGUCACUUGCUGUCGCAGCCUCCCUCCAAUGCCCACCCCCUCGGAGAGGCCACUCGCUGCAGUGGGAAGCCAGGGCUGACCGCGCGCACUGCCCGCAGCCCCUCUCGGCCUGGCCAGGACUCCUGGGCCCACGCUUCUCCGUCGUCAGAGGAAACGCUGGCUGUUCUGGCCCAAGGUGUCGGGUGCCGUCCGCGGUCAGCCAGGUCCACAGCUGGGACCAGGUGGCCCCGGAGGAGGCCGCCCAGGAAGGCCGCGCAGAGCGUGCCUGGCUCCCCAAGGGCCCGGUUCCGUCCCGACCCACGGGGAGGGAGGGAGAGAAGUAGAAGCGGAGGGGCCUCAGGCUCCCCCGGAGCUGCCUCUCCCCGGCCAUCGGGCGCGUCUCCCUCGGCCUCUCCCUGGGCAGCUCCGGGGACUGCUCAGCCACCCAGGCUCCUCCUGCUGCUGUGACACUCCCCGGCGGCUGGCCACCCAGAGGUCUCAGAGAGCCCGGCCUCCGGGCACUCGCGACCUUGUGGUCCCUAGUGACCGUGUGGCCAGCACCCUGCCUCAGCGACGGUGGACUCCAGGGCCAGCCCCAAAGGCCUCCCGCCUCCUCCUGGUCCUCGCCCGCGUCCAUGCCACGAGGUGGCCCGGGCAGGGAUCCUGCGAUCCUGGUGGAGCCUCAGGCCACAGGGCCAGCAGGACUGUCACCUGCAGCCCUGGGUGCCCAGCUGAGCAGCUACCCCAGUCCCCCAUGACGCCACGCAGGGUGACAGGCCAGGAUCCGCGACACCCCAACCUGGUGACAGGGGCGACACGUCCCUGUGGUGCCCACUGUGUUCUGGGACAGGUCGGUGCGGGCCUCAGGGCCUGCUGGGCCUGCAGACAGUGGUCCGGGGCGGGCACACGGUGGCCACCACUUAGGACGGACGGGGCGCUGGGCGCAUCUCCCACCUCGUGGCCCCAGAGCCGGGGCCUGAACCCGGCUGCUCCACGUGAGCUCGGUGCUUGGUGUUUCUCACUUUGAGGCAGGGUUUUGCCAAGUUGCUGAGGCUGGCCUCGAACUUGGGAUCCUCCUGCCUCAGCCUCCCCGUGGCUGGGAGGAGGCUGGCCACGGUGCCCAGGUGAGGUUUUUCUUAUUUGUUCCUAUUUAUUGUUUCUGUCCGGGUCACCUCCUGGUCCACGCUGCCUGGGGAGUGGCUGCACACAGUAGGUGCUCAAUUUGUGUCUGCCAGUGUGUACAGGCCUCCUGCCCCUGGGGCACCUUGAAUAAAUAUCUCAAAAUGA